CCGAAAAGGGAGCGAGUUGACAGAUGAGCUCGCGGGGGUCCCUAAUCGGGCUCACCUUUUGUACCUGCUACCUGGCUUCUUACCUAAUGAACAAGUAUGUCCUGUCUGUCCUGAAAUUUACUUACCCUACAUUAUUCCAAGGGUGGCAGACAUUCAUUGGUGGACUUCUGCUCCAUGUAUCAUGGAAACUGGGCUGGGUGGAGAUCAACAGCAGUUUAAGAUCUGAUGUUUUGACUUGGCUUCCUGCUUCAAUUCUGUUUGUGGGGAAAAUCUAUGCUGGGUCCAGGGCUUUGUCCAGACUGGCCGUUCCUGUGUUUCUCAUUUUGCAUAAUGCAGCUGAAGUUAUCAUCUGUGGCUACCAGAAGUGUUUUUGGAAAGAGAAAACAUCUCCUGUAAAGAUCUGUAGCGCCCUCUUCCUCUUGGCAGCUGCAGGGUGCCUUCCCUUCAACGACUCCCAGUUUGAUCCAGAUGGAUAUUUUUGGGCUGUAAUUCACUUAUUCUGUGUAGGUGCUUAUAAAAUACUACGGAAGUUCCAGAAGCCUAGUGCAUUAAGUGACAUUGACCAGCAGUAUUUAAACUAUAUAUUCAGUGUGGCGUUUCUGGCAUUUGCAGCUCACCCCACAGGUGACCUGUUCAGCGUCCUGGACUUCCCGUUCCUGUAUUUCUACAGAUUCCAUGGCAGCUGCUGUGCCAGUGGAUUUUUAGGUUUCUUUCUCAUGUUCACUACAGUGAAACUAAAGAGCCUUCUGGCCCCAGGACAGUGUGCAGCCUGGAUUUUCUUUGCUCAGGUGGUCACAGCUGGACUAUCAGUAUUACUGUUUGAUGUGACCCUGACCAGUCCAAUUGUGGGAUGCCUCCUGCUUGGUGGACUUGGAGAGGCCUUGCUUGUUUUCUCAGAGCGGAAAGGUUCCUGAUAAAGAUGGGCAGGAAAAGAAGACUCACGGUUUACCAGCUGGAAAUCACAGAGCCCUGACCUCGUCGCAUCCUGUUGAGAGGGUCAGAACGAAGAACACAAGGACAGUGACACCACACCAGGGCUCCAGGUGGGCAGAGCUUGUGCCCUGCCCAAGCUGAAUGUUUGGGUGGUGGAAAAUUCAAAGGCCCCACCACUUCUCAUUGCCUCAACGAGAACUAUCUAGAGCCCGCCAGGCUGCAUCAGAGAAACGGUCUUUGUUAUGUCUUCCCAUUUUGAGACUCUCUCUUGACUGUGCUGUACCCAGUUCUGCAGAAACAGGAGGAACAGGAUUUCACCAUGAUGGCUCCUCUCACCUUGGCCGACCUGCAGCUUUCAGUUUGAGGUCAUGGGCCCACGGUUAUUUUGUGGUAUUUUUUUUUUUUUUGUAUGUGUGUGUGUAUGUUGUUUUGUGUUUUUACACUUUGGAAAUGUCCAUUCCUUGUGCUGGAGCCCACACCCACCCAGGUAGAAGUGCAGAGAGACGUGCUCCCUCCUAAGAGCCUCCACUGGGGGCAGGGCAAACAUGUGGGUUAUCUGGGGUCGGGCCAAGUAGGAAGCCAAAAGGACACUUUAAAUCUAGAAUGAGUGAUGACCUUUUGUGGUUGAUGUUUCUAUUUAUUUCCUGCUUCUAAAUUGCUCUUGAUGCUUGUAAACUCGUCAGGAUGUGUGUUGUGUUGACUUCUGCAUACUCUUUUUUGCCCAAUGUUGGGUUAAGCUGGUAACUAGGUGACUAGCCAAGGGAAGGGGGUUUAAGUACUGGUGGAUGCCUUUCCUGGCAGGUGAAACAAACGAACAAUAUAGAACAUCUGUUUACAUGUGCACACUGUUUCAAGUCAUCGAAUACUGAAGUAUGUUUUUCAGACCAGAUUAAAGAUUGUAUUAAAACUAUA